AUGCUGCGGCUGGUGAUGGAGUCAGCCAAAAUCGAUCCACCUCUGACUCCUGAGCCCAGACUCUGCGUGACCUUCUACUUCAGGGAUGCCAAGAAGAGAACCACAGAAGUGGAAGGGAAUAACCCCGUAUGGAAUGAGACCCUAGUCUGGCACCUUAAGAACUUUCCCUUGCAAAAUGACUCUUUCCUGCAAGCCAUCCUUCGGAACAAAACCUCAGUGAAGAGUGAAAGAUUUAUUGGCUCAGCCGUAAUAUCGCUCAAGCCUUUGGUGAAGAAACCAGAUAAGGUCCUUUUCCUGAAAGACCUGCCCCUGAUCAGCCAAUAUAUGACGGUCUCAAACUGCACCAUCUCUUUAUAUGUGUCUUAUUUGGUCAAGCGGCAGUUCGAGGAGAUAGGGAAUGAAGACCUCCUGGGCUUAGCCACUCGCGAAGUGGCCAAGCAGUAUGUGACGUUCCCCAGCUCCUCCAUGCCUAAAGCCCUGUCCUCUAAACCACAGCACUUCCAGGUUCGAGUAAAGGUGUUUGAAGCCCGACAGCUCCUGGGUAAUGACCUCAAGCCUUUGGUGAAGGUGGUCAUCGGAAGCCAGAUAUUCCACACGCGCAUCAAGAUAGGAAACAACCCUUUCUUCAAUGAGAUAUUUUUCCACAACUUUUAUCAAGUUCCAGCAAAGUUCUUCGAUGAGCCCAUAUUGAUACAGGUGUUAAAUUCCACGGUGUUGAAAUUCCAGUCAGAGAUCGGGAGAUUCCAAACAGAUAUUGGAUUUAUAUACAAUUCUCCAGGUCACAUGCUCCUGAGGAAGUGGCUAGGCCUCUGCCAGCCACAGAAUCCCACCUCUGGCUUGCAAGGCUACCUGAAGGUCACCAUCUGUGCCCUUGGCAUGGGAGACCAGGCCAUGGUAGAUCAAAGGAUGCUCUAUGAGACAGAUGACACUGACCCUAAGAUCUUCAGCUCAUCAGUGGUACCGAUCAACUUCUACUACCUGGAGUUCCUGAUCUACUGCGCAGAAGAUCUGCACCUCAAGGCCGGUCAGUUAGUGAAUCCCAGGUUGGAGGUGGAAAUGUUUGGGGAAAAGCUCAUGACCAGGGUGCUGAACGAAACCGAGAACCCGAUAUGGAAUCAAAUCCUGGUCUUCAAGAUUCAGAUGCCCUGUCACUCCAGCUACAUCAAAUUCAGAGUCCUGGACUGCCUCGGCGGCAAAACACAGAGAGAGAUUGGAACUGUCAGGCUCUACCUCAACCAGAUCUCCUCUACGGGAGCAGAGCUAGAGGGAAUGUACUCCGGCUUCUUACCCUGCUUUGGCCCUGGUUUCCUGAUUCUCCAUGGGGGUGAAAAGGCCCCUUUCAGGAUCCAAGAAGAAGGCGCUACUCUGCCCAGCUCUGUUAAGGAUGGAUUGGCUUAUCGAGGCCGGGUCUUCUUGGAGGUGAUAGCCCGUGAGACGGCCCGACGAAACCCUCAUAUGAAUGAUCUCUCCUUAGAAGUGACUAGCAUGGAGAAACAACAGAACCGCCAAAAGUAUGGGCUAUGUGUCAUCUUUCUUUCCUGUACCAUGAUGCCCGACUUUAAGGACCUGAUCCAAUUUGAGGUCACCAUCGGCCACUAUGGAAACAAGAUGGACCUGAGCUACAAGCCUCUGGUCUCAACCACACAGUACAGCCCAGUGAUCUAUGACGGAACUCUCUACCACUACGUGCCUUGGUAUAACACCAAGCCAGUGGUGGCAGUGACCUCCUUCUGGGAGGACAACAGCUUUCGGAUGAGCACCCUCAACCUUCUCCAUUUUGUGCGGGACCGCCUGAAAGCCAAUCUGAACAACCUGAAGUCCAUAAGGAACCCCAAAGACCCAGCUCUGCUCUACCAGUGGAAGAAACUGCUGGCGGAACUGGAGGAGGACUGCAAGCACCCACUGCCCCAUGUGGCUCAUUACUCCAAAAGCACGGAGCUGGACAAGAAGAGAGGGCAGCUCCGGAGCCUCCUCUUGCAGGAGCUGGCUCAGAAGAGCAUGAUGGCCCAGCCCAAGGACAUGGUGGCCACCGUGGAGGGCUGGCUCUUCCGCCUCAACAGUGUGCUCCCCGAGCCCCAGCAGAGCAUCCCCGACGUGAUGAUCUGGCUGGUGUCCAAGGAGCAGCGCGUGGCCUUCGCACAGGUGCCGGCACACUCCAUCCUCUUCUCCCCAGCAGGAGUGCGGCGCUCCGGCAGGUUCUGCGGGAGGACACAGAACCUUUUCCUGCAGUACCCCCAGGAUAAAGAACAAAGGGACACUAUGCCGGGCUACCUCCGAGUCUGCAUGUGGCUGGGCAACGUGAUGGACAGCAAGAAUCUGCAGCUGCUACACAAGGGCGAAGUGGUGGUGUACGCAGAGACGUACGAGAACGAAACCAUGUUCAGAGGACAGUGGGGCAAAGAAAGGCUGUACCACUGCCCCAACUUCUCAGAUGUCCUGUGCAAGAAGGCCCUGCCCAAGGAGAAUUUCAAGACACCCCAGGGAUGGCAGUGGCAGGGGCAGUGGAGAGUGGAGCCUCAGAGGAGACUUCUCCUCGACAUAGACAUCAACAAGAGCCAAGUGGUGGAGGAAGUAUACGAGAACCAACACCGGGAUGCCACGGGUGCCUGGGUGCCUGCAGCCGUCCCCAACACCGAUGUGAACGGACAGCCUGUGGAGACCCGGCAGAACAUGAAGUGCCCAGAGGGCUGGCACAUCAAGAAGAACUGGACGGUGGAGCUGAACCAUGCAGUGGACAAUGAGGGCUGGGAGUACGGAGUGGGGGUCCCACCAUCAGGCCAGCCACGCAUCUGGAACUCCGUGGAGAAGACCUACUGCUCAUGCCGCAGGCGCCGCUGGGCCCGGGUGCGCCUCCGGGACCACAGGAAGCUGAGCCCUGAGCAGGAGACACUCUCCUUUCUGCAGCUGGUGAGGCCCACCCGCAUGGAGGGGCUGGCAGGGCCAGAAGAGGACUGGGAGUAUAGCAAUGUUGUGGGCUCCAAGUACCAGCUGAACCCUCAGCCCAAGAGCCGCUUCCGCCGCCGCUGCUGGCACCGCAGCAUGGUGCCCAGCAAGAAAGCAAGAGUCGCACCCAUCUUCCUGCUGGAGGGAUCCUUGCCAGAACCCGUGCAGUCAGUCGACCUGCCCUUCAUCUACUGUGUCUUCGAUGAGCCCAACUACUACCAGCUUUUCUGCUAUAUCUACCAGGCCCGGAGCCUGAUCUCCACCAACAUCCUGACCUUCCAGGGGCCCUUCGUCCGGGCGGUCUUCCUCAACCACAGCCAGUGCACGCAGACCCUGAGCAGCUCCACCGUGCCCACGUGGGCCCAGACACUCAUCUUCCACCACCUGCUCCUGAACGAGAGCCCCCAGGACACCCGGGAGAGCCCCCCACUCGUGAUUCUGGAGCUGUGGCAGCAUGACUCCCAGGGCAGGGAAAGCUUGUGGGGACGGAGCAUGUGUGUCCCGAAGGUUUGGCUGGAUGUCCAAAACAGGAUCCUGUAUCCCAUGAGGUGGUGUCCGCUCAUCAACCAACUGGGGGAGGAAGAGGGCGAGAUCCUGGCCUCCUGUGAGCUGUUCUUGGAGACAGAGAAACUCAAACAGAAACUGCCCAUCUUCAAUAUCCCCUGGAAGAAUGGGGUCUACGCUCUCCCCAAGAACAUCCAGCCUGUGAUGAAGAAAAUGGUUAUUGAGAUCCUGGCCUGGGGCCUCCGGAACCUGAAGUACGUGGGCUCCCCCCAGCUCCUUGUGGAGUGCUGGCAAGAGACCCUACAGACACGGCCCAUCCCCAACUUCCAGACCAACCCCAACUUCAAUGAGCCCAUCCUCUUCCUCACGCUGUUCAUGCCCAUGCAGGAGUCCUACAUGACGCCCCUCAUGCUGAAGGUGCUGGAUACCCAGAAGUAUGGCCAGCGCAGUGUGGUGGGUCAGACCAGCAUCAGCUCCCUCCAGCCCUACAUCUGUGAUCCUUGGGCUUCUGACUAUGUGCCCCCAAAGCUCCCAGUGCUCUCUAUCAGGAGACUGACGCUCCUUGGUUACUUCUAUGAGAAGUUUUGGCCGAAGGUCAGCAAAGUCCAGGACAAUCUCCAGUACGAUGUGGACUGGUGGAGCAAGCUGUUCUGGGCCACAGGAUUGGACCAGCAGACCCAGGAGUACAAGUACAAGGACUACUUCCCCCUUGAGGUGUAUGACUGUGAGCUAGAGGCGGUGCCUGCCUUCGAGGGCCUGCAGGACUUCUGCCAGACCUUCAAACUCUACCAGGGGCAGCCCAAGGUGGACAGCCCUGUCGUGGGGGAGUUCAAGGGCCUUUUCCGUAUCUACCCCAUUUCGGAGGACCCCAAUGACCCCAGGCCCCCCCGCCAGCUCCGAUUCCACCCCGACAAGGAGGAUUUCCCUCAGGAGUGCCUGGUGCGGGUGUACAUCAUCCGGGCCAUCAACCUGCAGCCCCAGGACACCAACGGCCUGUGUGACCCUUACGUGAUGCUGAAACUGGGAAAGGUGGUGCUGGGCACCCGCGACAAGUACCAGCCCAACACUCUGGACCCCAUCUUCGGCAUGAUGUUUGAGCUGAACUGCACCAUCCCCCUGGAGAAGGACCUGGAGAUCCAGCUGUACGACUUUGACCUGUUUUCCCCCGAUGAUAAGAUCGGAACCACCAUCAUCGACCUGGAAAACCGACUCCUGUCUGGCUUUGGAGCUCGCUGUGGGAUCCCCAAAUCCUACUGCCUGUCGGGGCCCUUCCAGUGGCGUGAUCAGGUGCCCCCCACUGUCCUCUUGGAACAGCAUGCCAGGCGGAAGGGGCUGUCUCGGCCCGUGUUCAACAUGGAAGAGGACACGGUGUUUUACAACGGGACAGUGUUCAAGCUGAAGCACUUUGAGCCCCAGACCCCUCGUCUGCCUUAUCUGGGGCCGAAGAAAGAACGCCUAGCCCUGCAUGUCCUGCGCCUGCAGGGGCUGGUCCCUGAGCAUGUGGAGACCCGCACGCUGUACAGUGAGAGCCAGCCAGGCAUUGACCAGGGAAAGGUGCAGUUGUGGGUGGACCUCUUCCCCAAGAAGCUUGGGCUUCCUGGUGCUCCCACCAUCAUCAGUCCCAGAACUGCUAAGAGGUACGAGCUGCGCUGUGUCAUCUGGGAAACGGCUGAGGUAGAGCUGCAGGACAUCAGUAUAAGCACCGACAAAAUGAGUGACAUCUACAUCAAAGGGUGGUUAUCUGGGCUCGAGAAGGACAUGCAGAGUACAGAUAUCCACUACCAAUCCCUGGGGAAAGCCGACUUCAACUGGCGCUUCAUCUUCCCCUUUGACUACCUGCCUGAGGAGCAAAUGUGCGUCCUGAGCAAGAAGGACUAUGUCUGGAGCCUGAACCCCACAUCACAAAAGUUCCCAGCCCGGCUCAUCAUCCAGGUCUGGGACAAUGACAUCAUCUCUGCGGAUGACUUCCUAGGGAUGCUGGAGCUGAAUCUCUCCAACAUGCCAUUCCCAGCCAAGAAAUCCAGGCAGUGCUCCAUCAGGUUGAUGGAAAGUGACCCCAGAUGGCCCUACUUCCAGCCUCAACGCUUCUCCCUCUUCAAGAAGAAGACUGUGACUGGCUGGUGGCCGUGUCAGGCCCUUAAGGAAAAUAAAUGGUACAUGUCGGGUAAAAUAAAGAUGACGCUGGAGGUGCUGACAGAGAAGGAUGCUUUACUCAAGCCCACAGGCCGAGGCCAUUCAGAGCCCAACCAGUAUCCUACACUCUAUCCUCCCGUGCGGGCCUCCAGCUUCAUCAGAUGGCUUCGGGCACCUUUCCGAACUUUCAGCUAUGUUUUGUGGAGACGCUAUCGAUACAAACUCUUGAUCAGCUUGAUCCUAUCGGUUAUAGGGCUUUUGCUAUUCAACUUCAUCUAUUCUGCUCCGAACUAUUUGGCCAUGUCCUGGAUCAAACCUGAACUCCGGAUGAUUAGUUCUGCUAACCUUAAAAAUAGUGUGCCAGUCGAGAGGUCUCUUCCAUCCUCUGCAGCCAGCAUGUGA